AUGAGGCGGCCCCGCAAGAUUGGUCUCGUCACGACGAUUCUCGCGCUGCUCGCCGCCGUUUUCGCCGAUGAGCACCCAUUUAAAGGCCAUGCUCGAUAUCGACGGCAAAUUCUUGACGAGCCGGGCCAGCAGAUUGACUUGAACAUCACAGUGCCUUAUAUUUUCUCGGCGCGCCUUUACACGUAUGGUCCGAAUCGUGGAGACAUUGAGAUGAACGGAAGACAGGAGAUUUAUAAGCUUGAGAGCCCCGUCCAUUUCAUGGGCGAUGUCUUCGAUAGUAUCUAUAUUGGACGAGAUGGGGCUGUUGGGUUCACGGAGAAGCGAUCAAGGCCUUCAGCAUUACCAAUUGAAGAGCCCACGAUUGCGGUUUUCUGGCAGCCGGCCACCCUUGGAAAGGUUUACUAUCGGGAAACUGAUGAUAUUAAUAUAAUCAACCUUGCCCACAAUGAGGUCAACAUUCAAUAUCGAUAUGGUUCGCAGUUCCGCGUUCGUUCGGUGGUGUUGAUCACUUGGGAAGGUGUGAAAGACCCGCAGAACCUGGAUUCGGAAGGAAAUACGUUUCAAUUGGCGUUAAUAAUGGGCGAUUCGAUGACAUUCGCGCAUUUCAUCUACAGCAAACUUAAUUAUAACCAAAACGCAAUUGCGGGAUUCUCGAACCAUCAAAACUUCUACUCGCUUCCCGACUCGGCGACUCAAGACGCCAUUCAGCUCGCCGACAAAUCCGACAUUGGAAUACCCGGCGAAUGGCUUUUCCGAAUUGAUAGCCCGCAUAUUUAUCUAUGCGGCGCCGGAUUCAAAGGUUUGGAAUGCAUCGAGUCGUGCGGAAACUCGCAAUGGUUCAAUGAUUGCUCGAGGAGUUGCCAUUGCGAUGGCGGCGACGCUUGCGAUCAGGAGAAUGGCCGAUGCCCGAAUGGCAAAUGUUCGCCGGGAUGGUCCGGCGAGCCGAUUUGCGAUGUCGAUGUCGAUGAAUGCAAGGCGAGAACGCAUCAUUGCCCAAAUGAGCAGCCGGAUUGUCUCAACACACCGGGAAGCUUUUUGUGUCUUUGCUUCGAGUAUGACGAGCAACGGCAGAUGUGCAAGAACUCAAUUCCGGCUCCGCCAUCGGCGCCGAUUCCAGUUGAUGUGAUUCCGAUGCGGCCGAGCUUUACGAGGAAUCAGCCGACGACGACACCGGCGGCUGUUCAGAGGACACGGUUCAAGGCGACGACAACCGCAGCGGCGGCGGCGACGACGACGCGGCCGGCCAAUAUUGAUUUUGUCGAAACGUUACCAACUGUUAACACGCCACUUCUUACUACGAUUCCGACGACGAGACCAACGACGACCGAGGCGCCAACAACUGUGAUAAUUGCAUGCUCUCGUUGCGAUCCAAAUGCGAGGUGCGAAAAUGGUGUCUGCAAAUGUCAAGAAGGAUUCACCGGCGAUGGAUUCAGAUGCUAUGAUGUCGAUGAGUGUGAAAUUGAAGGAGCUGUGUGUGGAAACCAUUCGAUUUGUACGAACACGAUUGGAAGUUUUGAAUGCACUUGCUUUGGCGGUUAUCGCCUCGAAGACGCUCAAUGUGUUGAUGUUGACGAGUGCCGAGAGACGCCAAGAGUUUGUGGAGAGCCGGGACACGGUACGCAAUGUAUUAAUAAGGAUGGAAGUUUUGAAUGUGUGUGCAAAGAAGGUUUCAUUGGAGAUCCAUCGACGCUAUGUGAAGAUAUCGAUGAAUGUAAGAAUCCGGAGUCGUGCGGACCAAAUUCAAGGUGUACUAAUACGCCUGGCGGUUAUGAAUGCGAAUGUUUGCCGGGAUUCGAAAGAAUCGCCGAAGGCGCCCAUUGCACGGACCGAGACGAAUGCGCAGUGUCGCCUUGUCAUCCAGCAGCGAUUUGUAGCAACACCAGAGGGUCUUAUAAUUGUGAGUGCAUUGAUGGAUUCAUUGGCGAUGGAAAAACGUGCCAUGAGACGAUCAUGUACCCAAUUUCGAAUGAUUCGCGAGUUAUUCCGAGAUCGUGGAACUCGGUGACAAUGAUUCCGCUAAUCGAACCGGUUUCAUUAUUUGGAAAGAAGUAUAAUUCAGCAUUUAUUUCGACAAAUGGCCUUAUCUCGUUCGCGACACCACUUGAUGGUCUUGUGGAGCGCGUCGAGACCAUUAAUCAGCCGGCGAUUUUUGCACUUCACGCCCAAUUAGACUAUUUGAAGGAUGGUCUCGUCGCGUAUACGUAUGUGAAUGACACGGAUUCGAGCACAUUUCCUCUUCUCAUGAGGGCUUCUCUAAGUGUUCAAUCGAUAAUGGGUCUUGAGAGUUAUGAAACCAAGAGUAUGCAUAUUUUCACAUUUGAUCAUGUCAGGCAAGCGGGAUCCGACAAUUUCAAUUCGUUCCAAGCCGUCAUCGCCGAGGCUCCUGAAGCGACUUUUCUAUUUUUGAUCUACGAGAAAGCGCAAGCCAAAGGGCCAUUGACUGGAAUCGCCACACCGAAUCGAUUUAUGAUGAUUCCGAAUGAUCGUCUCACGAGGGGUUCCAAUGUCGGACAGCCCGGUAAAUGGAUGUAUCGGGUUGACACCGCCGAACUAUUGGUUGGUCCAUCAAGACAAAGUCAAUUUUUGCAAAAUUUCCCAUUUUUCGAAUGCGAUUCCGGACGAUAUGGAACGAACUGCGAGCAGAGUUGCCAUUGCGACGGCUCGGUUGCGUGCGAUGUUGUCACUGGAGCUUGUCCUGGUGCUCUGUGCCGAGCUGGUUGGGAAGGAGCCGCGUGUGAUCAAGACAUUGAUGAAUGCGCAAUGAGUUUGGUGACGUGCUCGACAGGUUCGGAGUGUGUGAAUACACGAGGCGGUUAUCGUUGCGAUUGUAAGCGAGGCUUUGUUCCCGUUGGGAAAGAAUGCCGACCCACUGAUCCGUGCCUUUCCAAGUUUGGAGUGCCGUGCUCUAGAAAUGGCGAAUGCAUCAAUUUGGAGACGGGGCCACAAUGCUCAUGUCAUAAAGGCUACUCGGGAGAUGGAUUCAAGUGCAUGUUGGGAAAAGCGAAUCGGCCGAUUGGCAAUGAUUUGUUCAGCGAAUUGACGCAUCAUUUGAUGGAGGCGACGAAUGAAAACUCUACCGAAACGACGCCCAACGAGAAUCCGUUCUUGAUGAAAUCAUGGACGACGGAGCGGCCGGAAAUCGCGACGAGACCAAAGUUCGCCACCGUGCGCACGCCGCCACUCCUCUACACCGCGCCGCCUAUCAAACCAGUCAUGCACGAUAAGGAUGUCGACGUUCUUGAGGGAUCCAAGGAGAAGGUUGAAGAAGGCGAUGGAAUUCAUUUGGCAUUUGUUAUCCUACCAGCUGCGCUCAUUGUCAUCUGGGCGCUUCUCAUUCUCAUCGUCCUCGUUCUUUGUAAAAUGAGCAAAAGAAAACGUGAAUCGCGCGAACGCCAAAACUUCCCGAGAAGCUGGAAGAUGCCGGCGAUUCAAUCGACGAACCCCAACAUCAUCUAUGGUCGUACCCCAAGGAUCACAACCUACGAUGCCUUUUGA